AUGGAGGGCGCCCUGGCUACCGACUCCUCGUCAUCGGCAUCCACGCUACAAGAUCGCAUUCCCGUCAUUCUCACUCACGAGGGCGUGUCGAGCGUAUGGAAGCAGCGAGCGGCGCGAGGCCCCGCUACGCGCGACGUCGAUCACCGAAACCGCAUCGCCGAGCAUGUCGAGCGCACGCUGGGCACCAAGAUUGAGCUCUUCAUCUCUGAACGACAGCCGUGCCACGGCCUCACCGUCGACGUCCUCGUCGUUCCGCCCACCGACGAGCGACCCUUCUACGUGCUCGUGACCCGCGGCCUCUCCGAGAUGCACAUGAACGUGCACCCUCUUGCCAAGCACUCGCCCAGCCGAAUCGAGCUCGUGAUCUGUCUGCCCAAGACGUGGGAGGUGUCUCUGGAGGCAUUCCGGAAGAGCGAGCAAUACUUUUGGCCGGUCCGGCAACUGAAGCGACACGCUCUCUUUCCAGCAAUCCACCACACCUUCAUCUCCCUCGGCCACACUGUCGCCAACGAGCUGAUGAUGGUACCGGCGCUAUUGCCAGAGGACUUCCACAUCAUGACGGUCAAGAAGCCAAACAAAAAGAAGAAGAAACGAUCGAGGAAGAAGGACAAGACGGACACCAGCAACAACGGGCAGGCCACCGGAACGGCCGCUGCGUCGGCCAACGAUGACGGGACGCACGAGACGGCGGCCGCUGCGGCGGCGGACCAGGCCGCGGGGGCAGCUGAUGGGCAGUCGCCGCCGCCGCAGGCGAGCACGAACGAGAGCGACGCGGACACGAACCGGCAACGGGAGCAGCUGGAAGCGGAGGUGAAGCACGGCGGCGCCAACACCGAAACGAAACCGGACGAAGGGAAGGAGAAGGAGAACGAAAACGAAGAAGGAAAGAACGAAGAAGAAGGAAGAAAGAACGAAGAGGAGAUGGAGGUGAAACGGACGGAGGAGCAACAACAACAGCCGCGAGAGGGCGAGGAGGAAGAGGCGGGGAUCGGUGAGAAGGAAGUGCAGGAGCCACAGCAGGAUGGCGAGAAGAAGAAGGUGAGGAGGAGACGAGGCGGCAAGAAGAAGAACAAGAAGAACGGCGAGAACGGCAAGCAGGGCGAAACAGAGGAGUCCAAGGGGAAGGCGAACGACGACAACAGCAACAACCACGGCGAUGGCGGCAAGCCCAAGCAGAGACAGAAGAGGAACGAAGAGCCGUUCCUGUACGGGGAGAACAAGGAGGAUGUCUACUUCUACCAGCUGCUGCCGCUGUACCAGGAGGAGGUCGACUUCAAGCUCAAGCACGGGCUUGACGCACUUUUGGAGAGGCUGGAGCAGCUCCCGCCUCUCGACGUCAUGACCAUCACUCCUGGUCGAAGGAACACGUUCAACACUAGGAACGUGUGCCAGAUGCCGGUGAAGAGGAAGAUCCUGCGGGCGCAGAGGAGGGCCUCGCCCAAGAGCGCGGACACCAUUCUGUCGGAGAGUCCCGCCAGCCCAUCGGUGGUCGACCCACCUCGGGUGGUGGUGGAAGAUGGCACCAACGGCGGAGGCGACGACGAACAACUGCCGCCAGAGGAGGCCAAGGUGAAGGAGGAAGAGGAGGAGAAGGAAGCGGAAGUCGACGAGAGUGAGGCAUCGGUGAAGCCGCGAGAGGACGGAACCAAGGCUGACGAGCAGGUGUGCACCAACGGCAAGGGCCAAUGA